UUGGUAGCCUUGUCUGCUCCCUCAGUUUCAAGUUUCAACUCCUUCCCCCUCUCUCUUCUCUCCAAUUAUUUAUUUUCCUUCUCAAAGCUCAAUCCUUUAUUUUUGUUUUUAUUUUUUUUAAAUCUAAAGUCUUUCUCUAGACAGUGCAAAACCCACCCUUAAGAUGCGCCACUCCUUUUCUUUCCCUUUGUUUCAAGACAUGAAAGUUUAUUCUUCUUUUACUCUCACUUUCUUGCCAUGAACUCCUGCUUUAAUUUUACAGUUUUUGUAGCUUAUUGCCAUGGACUUUGGGGUUCUUGGUUUGGAGGGUCUUGUGGGUCCUGAAAGUAGUAGUCAUGCUCCUCCUCAUGUCUCACUUCCUGAGACCAAACCAAAGUUUUUUGGAUCUGUGUUAACUAAGCAAGAAAGACCAUCCUCAUCUGCAUCUGCAUCUGCUCAGGAUGAUUACUGGAGGGCUUCAAAGAUGCCAAAACUUGAUGAUUUCUCUUCCACCAAAACAAUGCCACUGCACCAACCCGCUCCUUUGCUGAGACCUAAUUCCAUGUUUUCUAAUGAUUCUCGCCAACAAGAGCACAUGCUAAGCUUCUCUUCUCCAAAACCAGAAGCUACUUCAUUUCUCGUUAAAGAUGCUGGGUUGGUUGAGAGAAACACACAAAACCACACUGCCUUGAGUUUUCCUUACUACCAGCACGCACCUCUUUCCGCUAGCAGAAGUGCAGGUUAUGGCACUGGAAACUUGAAUGCAAGCAUGCAUGGGCCUAGCCUUUUUAAAAAUGAAUCUCUCUUAGCUUAUUUGUAUGUGGUUGCUACGUUAUGUGGAUGCAGAUAUCGAGCUAUAAAACAAUGA